AUGACUCUGGCCAAACUAGAAGAUCUCCCCGAGGACAUCCUAGUCCUUAUAUUUCCUUUACUGGAUGUCCCAGAUUUCCUCGCGCUAUGUACAGUGAACAAGUAUUUCCACGAAGUGUUUCUAACAAACCCAGAAUUCUGGCGGGAAGUUACCACAAAAACCUUUCGAGUUCCUGUUCAACCGCUUCUACGUGCUAAUGGACCGCGUUGGUACUGGCUGUAUAAAAACCUUCGGACACAGACGAGGGUGUAUCAAUGGGGGGGAGAGGGGCGUCCAUCCGAACCUUUAGUGAACAAAACCUGGCCAUAUGAGUCUUCGGCUGUGGCUGGAAUACGGAAUAUAGUUGAUUUACAAUGCGGGUCUGUUCUCAAUCAACUCCCCUUCUGUCACUGUCUUCACUAUGGAGUAUUUUAUGAUUAUUCCACUGCAAGCGGGUACCAACGUCUCAAGUUUGACACUGAAUACCCUGCAACCUCCGUCGACUCCUACAACAAAUCAACAGCCAUCAAGCAGUUCUCUUCUGGUAGACGACAUAUCCUUGGAUUAUCUGAUGAAGGAAUAAUAUGGAGUUGGUCCCAUAGAGACCACAGUGCCAAACUUGUUGAGUUUUCUUGUGCUAGAACGGUUCUUAAUUCAAGGGAUCCCCACACCCCAGGCACCGUGACAAAAGUCGUUUCUGGUUGGGAUACAAACUCAGCAUUUGUCGCCGGCACUGGGAUAGUUUAUUGGAAGAUUAACGAUCCUCCCCUGAAUAAUGAUGAGUCUGUGCUGCUAAUCGUUCCAGGUAAAAUUGUGCCAGGUACCGGUUUCCAGAGGACAAAUUCCGAGAGAGGGCGAGCAGAGGAUGAAGCCGGAUUGGGUGAGGUUAUUAGCUAUAUUGUUCUUGAAAGGUGUAUAGUUUUCAUUACAGACCUGAACAAGGUAUUUGCAACGGAGGGAGAUGGCCAGCGUACAGUCGAACUCGCCAAGUUUGCUGCACCCGAAAGAAUCUUGAAGGAUAUUCAGGGUGCUUUCCGCAACUUCGCAGUGUUUACCGAAACAGGCGAGGUCAUGAUAGGGAACGCCGAACAUAUCCAAACAGCAUUUGACUUUGCCGAUGAUCCUGACCGUGUCUUGUCUCCAAAAUUUCCAGCUGGAUUACAACAUAGCGAGGUGAUAUCAGUCUCGUUCGGGGAUUACCAUUACACCGCUCUCCAUGCCAACGGAAAAGUUUCUAGCUAUGGAAGAGAACCUGGGGGUUGCGGCUCGCUUGGACUUGGGAGUGCCUUAGGAGGUACCCCCCUUCGUGGCCUCACGGGGCCUGAGUCCGAGUACUUUGAUGAAGACGUGUACUAUUUUGAAUUUGCGGAAGAAAAACGGCACAAUGUCUGGUUUGAACCUGAGAAACGGGAGUGGCUCAAGUACUUGGCACGUGAAGCUGAAUCUGAGGAGGAUAGCUUGGACUGGUUGACACCGCUUAAAGAGAAUGACCAUGGGCUCCUGGAGAAAUACAGUACUUGUAUCGAAAGAGCGGGAGAACAUUGGGACAACUUCCCAGAUAUCAAACCCGAGAAUACAGAUGGUCUAGGUGCAUAUUUCGUCCUCAGUGUCGCAUCUGCUGGAUGGCAAACCGUUGCACUUGUGCUUGUUGAUAAGGAGCUAGCCGAGAAGGUGAGAAGGAAGCACCUUGUCAAUGUGGAAGAGAGUAAUGAUGCUGAAGAAACUCCACGGUACAAAUGGGAGCUGCAGAAGUACCCCCCACUACAAACCAAUGCUCAAGAAAUUAUUGAAGUUAACAAGUAUGACUUUGAUACCUGGGUUUAUGGAUUACCUCCAUUGGAGAAUAGUAGCAUUCAAGAAUAG